AUGGGUGAGGGAGGCUAUCGUCAAAUCAACAAGGCGCUCAACAUUGAAGCCUUUGAGCAUUAUCUCCUUACACAACAUGCUCGACUACCUGAACUGGCCAAUGUUGAGCAACUUAGUCCUCGUGUGAUGCGAGUUCUGGGACAAAACCCAGGAAAGUUCACUCUUCAAGGAACAAACACGUAUAUCGUAGGGACCGGCCCCCAGCGACUGAUUAUCGACACAGCCCAGGGCAUCCCAGAAUGGGCAGAUCUUAUUGAAUCUACCCUGAUCAAUAACUCCAUCUCUCUGUCUCAUGUCUUUCUCUCGCACUGGCAUGGUGACCAUACUGGGGGUGUUCCGGACCUCCUUCGACUCUACCCGGAGCUAUCCCAGAGUAUUUACAAAAAUACGCCAGGACGAAACCAACAGCCAAUCUAUGAUGGGCAGAGAUUUACAGUGGAGGGCGCUACAAUCCGUGCAGUUCAUGCACAAGGACACUCCCAUGAUCACAUGUGUUUUGUACUCGAGGAGGAAAACGCAAUGUUCACGGGCGAUAACAUUCUAGGCCACGGGAGCAGCGCUGUGGAAGAGCUUGGCGUGUACAUGUCAUCGUUGAACAAGAUGCAGGCCCAAGGAUGCACCAUCGGCUACCCCGCACACGGUGUUGUCAUUACCGAUCUCCAAGGCAAAAUUGCCGUGGAGCUGGCGCAGAAGAAGAGGCGGGAGGCGCAAAUCUUACGGACAUUGACGGAGAUCCACCGACAGUACGGGCGCAAAAUGGCUAGCGUUACCGUUAAAGAGCUAGUCACUACAAUGUACGGAGCAGGUGUCGGUGAUGAGGUCAAGCAGCAAGCGUUAGAACCGUUCAUGGAUGAGGUUCUGAGGAAACUCGCCGAAGACGGUCAGGUAGCAUUUGAGCUCCGAGGUGGGAACAAGAAAUGGUUCGCUAUUCGAGUAUAG